GUUUGCCAUGUUUGUCAUGUUUGCCAUGUUUGUCAUGUUUGCCAUGUUUGUCAUGUUUGCCAUGUUUGUCAUGUUUGCCAUGUUUGUCAUGUUUGUCAUGUUUGUCAUGUUUGCUCUCCCGAACCUCUUGGCACAGGCAACCCCAUUGACCCAGAGCUUCAUUUCUGAUAGCCCACAUUCGCACCAUAUGGCAAACAGUCCUUCAAUAUUGAUGCUCUGAACGAUACAUAGCUUCCCCAGAUAGUUUUGCUGGUCCACCGAUACAUUACCCUCCACCUAAAGCCUAUCCAAAGCCAUGUCUUAUGAUGGCAGUGCAGCAUCGUCUUCACCAGACAACUCGCAGCAUCAGGACGUGACCGAUAUACCCAUAACAACUCUCAUACAACACCUCAUCGAUGCCAAGAAGGCCCUGAGUUCUAUUGGAACAUUAUGGCGCGCCAACGAGAUUGUGAGCGCGGCACAGGAUGCGCUGGGAGAGAGCGUCAUCUUAACCGCGAGGACUAGCUUUCUCCGGACGGGGAUAUCACAACAGGUCCGGCUACUCGAGAAGGUCAGGAGAGGGAUUCAGGUCGUCUACGAUGAUGGACAGGCCGAUUUUGAGAACGUCAUCAAGAACCUUGACGACGCCGACGACCGCCUCAAAAAGACAAUGGACACCCUCCGCACCACCAUCGUCGCCUCCGCCCUCCGCCCCCCCUCCGAACCCCCUCGCUCCCUCCUCGAUUUUAUCGACGAGAACGCCAUCGAAGCCACGCGCUCCGCCCUCAAAACCACCAUCGACCUCACCCAAUCCGCGCGCUCUUCCUUCGCCUCCUCAAUCCGCGCCUUCGACACCUCCCGCCAGGCCCUCAAAUCCGCCAUCACCUCCGCCCCCCCCCAACCCCCGCACACUCCUCCCCCACCCCCCCCCUCCUCCACGACCUCCGCAUCCACGCCGCUGAAAUGGCACUCCUCCUCGAAUCACUCACAUCCCACUUCGACCUCUGCGCCAAAGCAGUCAAGCACACCGAGGGCGGCUUCCUCGCCCUCAAAGCAGCGGCAUCGAAUAACCAGCUCCCCGCCGGCCCCUGUCUCACCCGACGAGCGCGCAGCUAUGCUUCGCGUCCUCGCCGCUGACGCUACGGAACUCCCAGCCGUGGUGCAGGACCUCGAUCUCCGCCUCCAGGAAAUGGAAGCCCUCCUCCCCCAUAUCUCUCACCACGUCGAGGCCGCCCGCUCCGCUUACUCCGCCACCACAGCCGCCUUCACCAUGCUCGAGCGCCUCGCUGCCUCCCUCCCGGCCUAUAUCGCCGCUAGCACAUCCUUCGCUAGCGCCUGGCAAUCCGCUAAGGCCGCGUUGAACGACCAAGCUGACGAGCUAGCCAAUAUGCGUACCUUCUAUGAAGGCUACCUCGCCUCCUACGACGGCCUCGUCCUCGAGGUCGCGCGCCGCCACGGCGCGGAGCGGAAGAUGAAGAGUGUCCUAGCUAAGGCGAUGGAGCAGGUUGAGAGGCUGAGGGAGGCGGAUACGGUAGAGCGGAAGGCGUUUAGGAGGGAGGUGGGGGCGUUUUUGCCGAGUGAUCUGUGGGAGGGGCUGGUGGGGGAUGCGCCGAGGUGGGAGAACACCAUCGAGCCACCAGCGCACAAGCGAUCUCGUGUCAGCAGCUUGUCAUUUUUGGAUUUGGCCUGCGCUGAAAACCCUACUGCUGUCGCCCUCGUUCUCGUCACUGUCGCUCCCUACGCCAUCUUCUCGUUGCUGUCGCUACCUGUCGUCACCGCCAGCCUCUCACCACCGUCUCCUAUCACCACCGCCUCUGUAAUGCCUUCCUACCUGCCUCUCAUACUUACCUACCACUAUCCACAGCGCCAUGACUGA